GUUGAUUUUUAUCUUUCACCCAGAUCGGUAGCUUUUUGACUAAUUAAACUACUUCACUAAAUGGAAAUUAUAGUUAGAUAAAUUCAAUAAAAGUGAAUUGAUCUUUCUAGAUAAUAAAAAUUGGUGUAUUUUUGAUAUUAAUCAUGUAUGCAUUGAUAUUAUUUUUGCUACCGCUAUCGACGGUAUUCGGUCAAGCAGUGAUUCAUGCACCAUAUCAAGUUGGGAUUUAUCGUUUUGACAAUUACAAUCCAAGUUUUGGAGCAAAAAACUUUCCAAUAUGCUCAGCAGCAAUAAUUCAUCCAUUAUUUUGUCUGACUACAGCAGAUUGUGUUCAUGCCCGUAUCGUUGUUCACAACAUUGUUCAACCGUAUCCACCAAAGUCGAUCUACAUAAAAUCGGGGAAUUUUUCAGAAAUUCGUGAAAAUAUCAAAUAUGUUAAGGAUAUUUACAUUCAUCCGGAAUUUAAUAGUACGACAUUGAACAAUGAUAUUGCAUUGAUACAGGUCGAGGCUGCGUUUCAAUUCAUUCAUCCGUACAGUGAACGUUGGGUUCAAUUGCCAGACAUUUUCACAAAUUAUAAUAAAUGUAUAUAUAGCGUAAAUAAACCAAAUAUGGGGCAAAAUGAUCUAUAUCCAUUCGGUGAAGUCAGACAAACAACUGUCGUGAAUAAUUCGAUAUGCCAUGGAAAUCUGUCGAGUUUUCUGCCUCAAAAUAAUACCAACAAAAUGUGUUCGUUCUAUCAAUUUGAUCAUUCGUUCAUGUGCCAAGUACCUGAAAGUCAAUUGAGUCUGAACCGUGAUCGUGGAACACCUCUGAUCUGCGACAACACAUUGGCCGGCUUAAUGUCGGCUAUUAUACCAACAAACAUAACAAAUUCCACAGAUACAUGUACGAAAACAUUGAGAACUUAUGCUUAUUAUACAAGGGUAGCUCGCUUUGAAAAAUGGAUUCGUAGCAUGAUGAAUAAUUCGCCGGAACAUAUGCCUGAUGGAAAACCAAUUCCGAUUAUUCCAAUUUCACCACCAUAUCAAAAUAAUCUCACCGCGUCAAAACCUGGCAAAAAUGCCGCUACAAAUAAUGGUCCGAACUUUAUCGUGAUGAUUUUUAUCACAUGGUUACUGAUCCAUAAAUUUUCAGCAAUCUAGUUUAGUCAUUUACAAGGUGAGAAAAAAUAAUAGAUGAAAAAAAAGUUGUGUCAUUGUGACGAUUAUUAGAUAAAAAUCAAAUGUAAAUAGUAGUAGAGAUAUAAAAAUUACAAAAUAAA